GGCGCGGAGGGAAGCCGCCGCGCGGUUCCCCCAGAAAAGUCAGAGACCCGCCCGCGCCAUGGAGUCCGCGCCCAUCCUGGGGCUCGGGGACUCGUCCCUGCACCGCUACCUGGACGGCGAGUUCUGGAGCCUCAAGAACGAGUUGCGCAGGGUCCUGGGCGGCUGCCCACUCUUCCGGCACAGGUAUGAUUUAAGUCUGGAUGAGAUGAGAGCUUUGACAUUCCAGAGAGUGAAGUUCACCAUGGGCUUGCCUCUGUUAAAACGUGCAGUUCAGGAACAGGCAGAGAAAACCGAGAAUUUUGUUAGUCGAAGCCUUGUGAUAGGAGAAGUGCUCUCCAUAGCCGACAUGGCCACAGGAGUCAAGUGUGGGAUCAUUUAUUGGCUGUUCGGUGGUGCAGUCAGCAAUCUCGGAAGCCCAGGACAUGUAACUAAGUGGCUUCAGCCACUCCAGGAGCAGAAAUACACUGGGAUGUUUGCAAUGACAGAAAGAGGCCAUGGGAGCAACGUGAGAGGGAUCCAGACGGAGGCCACCUUUGAUCUUUCUGCACAGGAGUUUGUAAUCGACACACCGUGUGAAGAUGCUGAGAAGAUGUACAUCGGGAAUGCAAUGCAUGGGAAUUAUGCAGCUGUCUUUGCCCAGCUCAUCAUUAAUGGAAGAUCUCAAGGGCCCCACUGUUUCAUUGUUCCUGUUCGGGAUGAAAAUGGAAACUUGUAUCCAGGAGUGACAGCUAUUGAUAUGAUGUACAAAGAAGGUCUGCACGGUGUGGAUAAUGGAAUUUUAAUAUUUGACAAGGUUCGGAUUCCAAGGGAGAAUCUGCUGGAUAAGUUCGGUUCCGUGGCUCCAGACGGGCAGUACCAUUCCCUGAUUAAGAACAAGAGUGCAAGAUUCAAUGCGAUGCUGGCGUCACUGACCCCUACGAGAUUAGCUGUGACUUUCCAAGCUCUGGGUGCCAUGAAGCUUGGAUUGACGAUAGCCAUUCGCUAUAGCCACAGUCGGAGACAGUUUGGGCCCAAAGCCAAGGAAGAGGUCAAGAUCAUCGAGCACCAAACACAGACCCUUCGGCUGAUGCCUCACCUGGCCACAGCCUUGGCCCUGACCUUCGCCAGCAGGUAUGCUGGGGCCCUCCUGGACCAGGACAUCUUCCAGGGCAAGGAGCUCAUCAACAGUCGCCCAUUGCAGGCCCUGGUGGCGGGGCUGAAGGCCUACAGUACCUGGGAGAACCUGGGCUGCCUGCAGGACUGCCGUGAGUGCACAGGAGGCAUGGGUUACAUGAUGGAAAACCGAAUCUCAGGUUUAAAAUGUGACACAGAUGUGCUGGUAACUUUUGAAGGUGACAAUGUUGUUAUGCUUCAGGUUGUGGUGCGGGAACUGCUGGCCCAAUAUACCAAACAGUCUCAAGAAAGACCACUCUUCAGCCUCCUCCAGAACUGGGCUGAAUCUGGGGGUGACAAGUUGAGAACCAGUUUCCUGGCGCUGAACGUGAAUGCUGUUGGUAAUCUCGCUUUUCUGCUGAAAGCAGUGAAUUUUCGUGAAAGGGUUCUUCAGCGGGCUUUGGUGGCCAGAAUUUAUUAUAAGGUGAUGACCAAGAAGGAGGAUUUUUUCAGGGCUUGGAACUCAUGUCUUCACCACAUUGCCACCCUGUCUCUGGCACACAUUCACAGAGUGACCCUAGAGCAGUUCUCCCUGGCAGUGAGGAGCUGUCCUGACCCAGAGGACCAGGCCUUGUUAAUGAAGUUUUGUGUGUUAUAUGGAACCAAGUUGGUGUUCCAGGAGCGAGCCUGGUAUCUAGAACAUAAAUAUUUGACUUCCGUGGCCAGCAUGAGGAUUAGAAGUCAGUUGCUGGAUUUGUGCGACUCGGUGAAGGAUGAUGCCCUGAGGGUGAUCUCCGCCUUUAACAUUCCUCACGCCUCCCUCCACGCACCCAUCGCUGGAAUCGCCAGCUCCCCGGCGGCCUGGGCCUUUUACCCUAUGCCGGAGCAGCCGGUGGCCGCGAAAGCGACGCGCUCUCAGCGGCCUAAACUGGGAGCCAAGUUAUAGCAGACGUGGCGGGAAGGGUGGUGGCCCGCCCGCAGCUGCCACGAUGCUGGCUUCUCUGACGUGGGGAGCGAGU